UCCUGUCAGGCGGCGGAGGGCGUCGCGGACCCGCGUCGCGAUGAUGCCGAUGAUAUUAACCGUGUUCUUGAGCAACAAUGAACAGAUUUUGACAGAAGUUCCUAUAACACCAGAAACAACAUGUCGAGAUGUUGUGGAAUUUUGCAAAGAACCUGGAGAAGGCAGUUGCCAUUUAGCUGAAGUGUGGAGGGGAAAUGAGCGUCCCAUACCCUUUGACCACAUGAUGUAUGAGCAUCUUCAGAAGUGGGGACCACGAAGGGAAGAAGUGAAAUUUUUUCUUCGACAUGAGGAUUCUCCAACUGAGAGCAGUGAACAAGGUGGCCGUCAGACCCAAGAGCAAAGAACCCAGAGAAAUGUAAUAAAUGUACCAGGAGAAAAACGUACUGAAAAUGGGGUUGGGCAUCCACGUGUGGAACUGACCCUCUCAGAGCUCCAAGAUAUGGCAGCCAGGCAGCAGCAGCAAAUCGAAAAUCAGCAGCAGAUGUUGGUUGCCAAGGAACAGCGUUUACAUUUUCUAAAGCAGCAGGAGCGCCAUCAGCAGCAGUCUAUUUCUGAGAAUGAAAAACUUCAGAAAUUGAAAGAACGAGUUGAAGCCCAGGAAAAUAAGCUGAAGAAAAUCCGUGCCAUGAGAGGACAAGUGGACUACAGCAAAAUCAUGAACGGCAAUCUGUCUGCUGAGAUAGAGAGAUUCAGUGCCAUGUUCCAGGAAAAGAAACAGGAAGUGCAGACUGCAAUUCUGAGAGUUGAUCAGCUCAGCCAGCAGCUGGAAGAUCUGAAGAAGGGAAAGCUGAACGGGCUGCAGCCGUACAAUGGCAAGCUGACGGGCCCGGCAGCUGUGGAGUUGAAAAGGCUGUACCAAGAGCUGCAGAUUCGUAACCAGCUUAACCAGGAACAGAAUUCAAAACUCCAGCAGCAGAAGGAGCUUUUAAAUAAGCGCAACAUGGAGGUGGCCAUGAUGGACAAGCGCAUCGGCGAGCUACGUGAACGUCUGUAUGGGAAGAAAAUUCAGCUGAACCGUGUGAAUGGCGCGUCAUCGCCACAGUCACCUCUGAGCACACCUGGCAGGGUUGCUGCAGUGGGGCCUUACAUCCAGGUGCCCAGCGCUGGCAGCUACUCAGCCCCAGGGGACCCCAUAAAGCCCCAGUCUCUCACUGUUGCUUCAGGGGCUGCCCAUGGAAGGUCCAAACCCGAUGGCCAUGGUAAACCCAGAGUGACCUGCUCAUGGACAGUGUCAGACCUCGACGUUGGGCCUGACUGUGGCUCCGCACGGCACUCUGCAGACCCACUGACGAACCCUAAUGAUGGAAACUGGCCAACGUUAAAACAGAAUGUGAGCUCUUCAGUGAAACCGGUGCAGAUGGCCAGUGUGGACUGGAAGGACUCGAGCAUGGAGGGGCCUCUCAGGCAAGGGACUGUCUCCAGCCAGCCUGUGCCCUUGUCAGCUCUGGGAGCCACGGAGAAACUGGGCAUCGAGAUGGGUAAAAUGCCGUCCCCUGUCCCUGGUGUCAGCAAGCAGCUACCUCCGAGCUACGGAACAUAUCCAAGUCCGGCGCCCGUGGGUCCAGGGUCCACAAACUCCCUGGAGAGGAGGAAGGAGGGCAGCUUGCCCAGGCCCAGCACAGGCCUUUCCAGUCGGCAGAAACCCGGCCCACUGCCCUCCGUGGGCAGUGCCCACCAACCAGGCUCCUCCCAACAGAUCCAGCAGAGGAUUUCUGUGCCACCGAGUCCCACAUACCCGCCCACGGGGCCGCCUGCAUUUCCAGCUGGAGAUGGCAAACCCGAACUCCCACUGACUGUGGCCAUCAGGCCCUUCCUGGCUGAUAAAGGGUCAAGGCCACAGUCCCCCAGGAAAGGACCCCAGACAGUGAAUUCAAGUUCUAUAUACUCCAUGUACCUCCAGCAAGCCACACCACCUAAGAAUUACCAGCCAGCGGCGCAUAGCGCCUUAAAUAAGUCUGUUAAAGCAGUGUACGGGAAGCCUGUUUUACCAUCAGGUUCGACAUCCCCGUCACCGUUGCCGUUUCUUCAUGGAUCGCUGGCCAUAAGCACCUCACAGCCCCAGCCGUCUGUGGAAAGUGCCGAGAAAGAGCCAGAGCAGGACAGUCCGGCCCCGCCCGGGGACGGCACCACUGGCACUAUGGAGAGCCUGCCUCGGCCGCUCAGCCCCACCAAACUCACACCCAUAGUGCAUUCCCCACUGCGCUACCAGAGCGACGCCGACCUGGAGGCCCUGCGCAGGAAGCUGGCCAAUGCACCCCGUCCCUUGAAGAAGCGCAGCUCCAUCACUGAGCCCGAGGGCCCCGGUGGGCCCAACAUCCAGAAGCUGCUCUACCAGCGUUUCAACACCCUGGCUGGUGGCAUGGAGGGCACCCCUUUCUAUCAGCCCAGCCCCUCGCAGGAUCUCACGGGCACCCUGGCCGACGUGGACAAUGGGAACACCAACGCCAACGGGAACCUGGGGGAGGCCAGUCCUGCCCAGCCCACAGUCCCCCUCCCCGCUGAGCCUGUCCCCGCCUCGGACGCCAAUGACAAUGAGCUCCCUUCCCCUGAGCCAGAGGGGCUCAUCUGUCCCCAGACCACUCAUCAAACAGCUGAGCCUGCGGAGGACAACAACAACAACGUGGCCACAGCCCCGUCCACGGAGCAGGUCCCCAGCCCUGGGGCCGAGGCCCCGUCUCCAGGGGAAGAGCACAUUUCCCCAUCACUGUCCCCGGUCCUGCUGCCGCUGGCAUCCUCUGCGAGCAAACGAACCAACCUGAAGAAGCCUAACUCAGAGCGCACAGGCCGUGGGUUGCGUGUCCGCUUCAACCCCCUGGCGCUGCUCCUGGACGCUUCCCUGGAAGGAGAGUUUGACCUGGUGCAGAGGAUCAUCUACGAGGUGGAAGACCCCAGCAAGCCCAAUGACGAAGGGAUCACCCCCUUGCACAAUGCUGUCUGUGCGGGCCACCACCAUAUUGUGAGGUUCCUGCUGGACUUUGGUGUCAACGUGAACGCCGCUGACAGUGAUGGCUGGACGCCACUGCACUGCGCCGCCUCUUGCAACAGCGUCCACCUCUGCAAGCAGCUGGUGGAGAGCGGCGCUGCCAUUUUUGCCUCAACCAUCAGCGAUAUUGAAACUGCUGCAGACAAGUGUGAAGAGAUGGAGGAGGGCUACAUCCAGUGUUCCCAGUUUCUGUACGGGGUUCAGGAGAAGCUGGGUGUGAUGAACAAGGGGGUGGUGUAUGCUCUGUGGGGCUACGAGGCCCAGAACAGCGACGAGCUGUCCUUCCACGAAGGAGACGCCAUCACCAUCCUGAGGCGCAAGGAUGAAAACGAGACCGAGUGGUGGUGGGCUCGCCUCGGGGACCGGGAGGGCUACGUGCCCAAAAACCUGCUGGGGCUGUAUCCGCGGAUCAAGCCCCGACAGCGAACACUUGCCUGAGCCGCCUGCUGGAGCACUGCAUGGGCUGGCCCUCGCCAAGGAGCCACUGAGGUCGCCCUGCUGCUCCCACAGAUGCAGAAGCUUAAGUGUCUUUCAUGGUGCUCACUGCAGCAGACAGCGCCCACAAUGUGAAGCCUGCAGGUUAUAGGUGAGGCCAUUCUCCACUGUCGCCUCCAAGAGGACCGAAUUUUGCCAAUUACUGUAAAUCCAAAUAAAUACCCAGCUUUCUGAACCACCCCUGUUGCCAAUAGAAGCCCUAGAAUUAGCCCUCGGUUGGUUGCCAAUGAAGACUGAUCUCAC